AUGAUUAUGUCAUGGGCUACUAAACGAUCAUUCAAUCAAAAUAAUGACAAUAAUUCAUCUGAUUAUGUUAUUAAUGGUGGACAUUCACACAAUCAUAAAAUUGAUUUAACUCCAGCAUUUACACUUUUAGCCUGUUUGGAUAAACAACCUGAUAAGUAUGAUAAACCAGAAAUGUCAAAUUUGUUUAAAGCAACAAUUAAUAAUCAACCUGUAGAACCAAUAUUUGAUACCAAAUAUGAAGAUCGACUCGUUCAGAUUAACCAAUCAAAUGAUGUUGAAAAUAUAGUGAAUAGUUUAACACCAAUAAUUAAUUCGAAUGGAUUAUUAUCGUCAACACUGGAUGAACGUGUAUGGGACACGGGAAAAUGUAAUCGAAUUAAUCAAGAUAAUCAACGUCAAGAAGAUUUACGUCGAAUGCAAAAACUCACUGAAUUCUUAUGUGCACAACGUCAAAAAACAACCACGUGUUCAGAGAUACCAACGUCUAAAGAAUGUCAGGCUGGGAUUUACACACGUUUAGAUUUACAGUGGCGUUCACAAUCCAGCUUAACACCAUCGAAAUCAGCAGUUAACCCGAUUAUUCGAAAAUCUAAAUCUCAGAUCUCUUCACUCCCAUUUCGUUAA